AUGAGGAAGAGCUCCUCCCCUUCCUUGAGUAACUGCAACUCCGUUCUUGCUAACAAAAUAUUUGGAAUUCCACUUGAUGAGCUGCAGCAGGGAGGACAUCCAGACAAUGAGGUUCCGUUCAUAGUCCGCCAUGUAGUGGACUAUAUUGAGGAACAUGGAGGUCUGGAGCAACAAGGACUUUUUCAAGUCAAUGGGAAUGCUGAGACAGUGGAGUGGCUUCGGCAGAGAUACGACAGUGGAGAAGAGGUGGAUUUGGUUAAGGAAGCAGAUGUUCCCUCAGCUAUUAGUCUUCUUAGGUUUUUCCUUCAAGAACUUCCUGAACCUGUUAUCCCUGGCAGUUUGCAUAUUCACUUGAUGCAACUUUCUCAAGAUUAUAAUAAUGAAGAUGAAUUUGGAAGAAAGUUGAGGUUCCUCUUGCAACAGCUUCCACCUGUUAAUUACAGUUUGUUAAAGUUCCUGUGUAGAUUUUUAGCCAAUGUAGCAUCACAUCAUGAAGAAAUUUGGUCAGCAAACUCUUUGGCUGCUGUCUUUGGUCCAGAUGUCUUCCAUAUUUACACAGAUGUGGAAGAUCUGAAAGAACAAGAAAUAGUAAGCAGGAUAAUGGCUGGACUUCUGGAAAAUUACUAUGAGUUUUUUGAGAAUGAAGAGGAAGAUUUUUCAUCUAAUGAUUUGAGUUCAAUUACUGAACAGGUUAAUGAACUUUCUGAGGAAGAAGAGGAAGAUGAAAAGCUGGAGCAUAUAGAAGAACUACCAGAAGAGGGUGCAGGAAAAUCAGAUGACAUGCCAGAGGUGGUACAAUUAAAGAUGACUGAAAACAUCCUGGAACCAAAUAGUGUUACAGCAUCAACAAGUGCCCAUACAUCACCCAUCAGCAUCUUACCAGCCUCUGCAGACAUUUUAGAAAGAACAAUUAGAGCAGCUGUGGAACAGCACCUUUUUGAUCUGCAGAGCAGCAUAGAUCAUGAUCUUAAGAACUUACAGCAGCAAAGUCUGGUGUGUAAUAAUGAAGCAGGAAGUGUUAAUUGUGAUGGGGAAGGAUCUAAUAACCAGGUUGAUAUUGCUGAUGGUAUUAUUAAUGCCAGUGAACAUAACAGAGACUGUUCAGAACCUGUGGCUAGCACUAAUUUAGACAAUGAAGUUAUGCAGCAAGAUUUUGUAUUUGAGGAUGAAGAAAAUAACCAGUGUGUAGGUAUAUUGUUAGAGCCAUGCAGUGACCAUGGUGAUGGUGAAGAUGACUGUCUUGAGAGGAAAGAAUAUUUGUCAUUUGACAGUGAUAAAUUGUCACACUUGAUUCUGGAUUCUAGUAGCAAGAUAUGUGAUUUGAAUGCCAACACUGAAUCAGAAGUGCCAGGAAGUCAAAGUGUUGGUGUUCAAGGGGAAGCAGCAUGUGUCCAAAUUCCACAUUUAGAUCUGAAGAAUGUUUCUGAUGGUGAUAAAUGGGAAGCGUCAUGCCCUAUCACUUUUCCCCUCAUUGAUUUCAAAACAAUGCAUCUGCAGAGAGAUGGGGAGGAGCCAUUUCCUGCUUUUAAGUCUUGGCAGGAAGACUCUGAGUCUGGAGAAGCUCAGCUGUCUCCACAAGCUGGAAGAAUGAAUCAUCACCCCCUGGAAGAAGACUGUCCUCCAGUAUUAUCACAUCGGAGUUUAGAUUUUGGGCAAAGCCAGCGUUUCCUACAUGAUCCGGAAAUGUUGGAUUCCUCAUCUAAAGCACUUUCUUUUGCUAGGAUUCGAAGAUCAUCCUUUAGUUCAAAAGAUGAAAAAAGAGAAGACAGAACACCAUAUCAGUUAGUCAAGAAACUUCAGAAAAAAAUCAGACAAUUUGAGGAACAAUUUGAAAGGGAAAGAAAUGGGAAGCCCUCCUACAGUGAUAUAGCGGCCAAUCCAAAGGUAUUAAAAUGGAUGACAGAGCUCACCAAACUGCGAAAGCAAAUUAAAGAUGCAAAACACAAAACCUCUGAUGGAGAAUUUGUACCUCAGACACGUCCACGUAGUAACACUCUUCCAAAAAGCUUUGGCUCUUCUCUAGACCAUGAAGAUGAAGAAUAUGAAGAUGACUCCAAGGUCAUUCACAAGGAGAAGAAGCCAUCUAAGGAAGCAACACUUGAACUUAUUCUGAAAAGACUGAAAGAAAAACGUGUCGAGAGGUGUCUUCCAGAAGAUAUCAAAAAAAUGACAAAAGAUCAUUUGGUAGAAGAGAAAACAACUCUCCAGAAAAGUCUUCUUUAUUAUGAAAGUCAACAUGGAAGGCCGGUGACCAGGGAAGAAAGGCAUAUUGUUAAACCUCUCUAUGAUAGAUACAGACUUGUAAAACAGAUGCUGACAAGAGCUAGCAUCACUCCUGUCCUUGGAUCUCCAUCCACCAAGCGAAGAGGUCAGAUGUUACAGCCAAUCAUAGAGGGAGAAACUGCACAUUUUUUUGAAGAAAUCAAGGAAGAAGAAGAAGAUGGUGUUUGUCUGUCCUCUGAGUUAAGUGAUAUCUUGAAAACUGCUGUACAGGCACAGUCGUCAUUGGAAAACUCGGAAUCUGAUGUUGAAGAAAAUCAGGAAAAACUGGCUCUAGAUCUCCGAUUGUCAAGUACUCGAGCAGCUUCUAUGCCCGAAUUACUGGAACAACUUUGGAAAGCCAGAGCUGAAAAAAAGAAACUACGUAAAACAUUACGGGACUUUGAAGAAGCAUUUUAUCAACAAAAUGGAAGGAAUGCCCAGAAAGAGGAUCGUGUUCCAGUGCUUGAGGAGUACAGGGAGUACAAGAAAAUUAAAGCCAAGCUUAGGCUUCUUGAAGUUCUUAUCAGCAAACAAGAUUCUUCAAAAUCCAUAUAA